CUCUCGUCUCAAGUGUCGACAAAGUAUCGGGUUGCGGCGCGAAGCGAAUAAAUGCAGGAGCUUCGAGCCCGUGGUUGAGCAUCAUCGCCUUCCGAGCCCGUGGUGUCAGUGCAACGUUGCCGAGGAGCAAAACCGACCGACCGCUUUUUUUUUGUCUUCCCUCUCCGACAGCCUUAGCGCCUCGACCGAUCACGAUGGUCGCUCACACCAGGAGCCUGCUGAUGGCGCUGUGUGCGGUGGCCCUGGCGACGGCUCAGGGACCUCCACAAGUGAUUUCCGGCAGAGCGCCGUCCGGCAACGCGCCGUCCGGCAGCACGCCGCCAGCACCACCAUCACCACCACAUCAGCAGCAGCUCCCGGCCAACGGACAACAUGCCAUGGACGCGCUCCACCAGAUGAUGAAUCUGGGCCAAGGAGUCCAGUUCACCGACCUCAAUGCCAUGCUUAAGCACCACGCGGAGGCUAUGUCGCAGCUGCUCCAGACGGGCAGCCUGCCCUGCCCUCCUCCCGCGAUGUGGGACUUCGCCUCCGCCCAUCUCCAGCGUUGCGCUCAAGGCGGUGGGCCGUCGAUGCCCAUCCAGAUGAAUCUGGGCCAACGAGCCCAGACCCUCGACAUCAAUGCCAUGCUGCAGCACCACGCGGCCGCUAUGUCGCAGCUGCUCCAGACGGGCAGCCUGCCCUGCCCUCCUCCCGCCAUGUGGGCCUUCGCCUCCGCCCAUCUCCAGCGUUGCACUCGGGGCGGUGGGCCCUCGAUGCCCAUCCAGCAACUGCUCGUGCGAGGGUUUCCGUUAUUCUCGCCGCCACAGAUUCCAAUCCAUUUUCCAAAUAUCCCAAUGAUGCCGCUUGACCCAAAUAUCCCACCUAUGCCGAAUAUGAAUCUCCGCUUUCGGCGCAGCCCAAUCCGCGGUGCUGGACUCGAUUCGGUGUCACCACGUCCCGACAAUCAGGGAGGGCCCAAGCAGGAAGGGCCCAAGCAGGAAAAGCCGAAGAACCCGAUCAGUGACAAAGGAGGGCUGGGAGACCACAUGCAUCCCAUUCCAGCUUAGGGUUCUGAGGGGGACCUUUUUGAGGCCAGUAGAUACGUUAAGCCAUCCACCCAGCAGUGCAGCCGGCCCACGGUGAGGUAGAUAAUUAAUCAAAUAAUGUCCAAGGUUUGGCAAGGACAAACUUUCAUGACCCACCGACUGUCCAAAUGUUAAGCAUUUUAAAUGAUGCUGUAAAUUAUUAUUAUUAUUAAUUAUAAUAAUUAUGCCAAUUAUUUAGGAAAGCAUCAAUGAGUUUGGCCAGUAAUUUUACGGAUAUUUUACAGAUUGGAGGAAACCAGGGUCAGCUAGGGGCACGGUGCAAGUGGCUCAAUGGUUAACCUACUGAAUUAUGAACCAAUUGAUCUGAUUUUGAUUCCUGGCCUUGACUAACCUCAGUGGCGUGUGAUAUCUGAAUCGGUCUUGCAAACCCCCUCCGGGACCUCGUUACUCCUCCCUGCCAUGAGGCUAUGUUGCAGGCAGUAGAUCCACUGUUGUAUCGUGCUUCUAUGCUCCCAUAUCUGGUGCAUUCACCAACCCACACUGAGCAGUGUGGUGAAGUAUAGUAAACACACAAAACCCACGAUAAACAUUGUGUGGGAAGGAGGCCUUCUUUCAUCAGUGGCUUGACAAACGGCCGUACAUUCUUAUUAUUAUUAAUAAUGAUUAUAUUUUAUUGAAUUUGCAAUAAUGAAAAUUAUCCAAAUCUUUAGAUUAGGAAAACUGAAUACAAAUCUCUCAUCGGGUCCGGUUGCACCGGCUGUUGGCUUUAGACAUCAACAUAGCUCGUAAUAUAAAACUACUCGAUUUUGUUUAACAUUUUCAAUUAUGUUACAAGAUUCAAUUAAGAAGAAAGAGAACAAUCAUCGGGGUGUCGUUAUUCACGUACCUGCUCAGCUUUUACACAGAUAGCACGUGGACAGAGGGAAAACCAUGCUCGAGUGUUUGAGUGAUACUCACAUUUAUGUGGACAUGGCUUAAUCAAUGCAGAAUUCGGAGUAAUUGUAAUACCGCGCAAAAGAUGAUUGAUUGCCUGUGUUCAUAAGAGACGAGGCGCUAUUGUGACCAUACUAUCGGGCCUCCCAUCAUCCCCUGCAUGUCACAUGACAUCGACGACACUGCGUGGAGCAUAACGCACACAACCCUGUGUGUUCGGCCAUAAAGAAUAACAUCAAUUGUGGCCGUGUAGAUUGCAAGUGACACUCUCGCGCACGUCACGUACACAGUGAUUUGGAGGGCGUACAACCCCCUACGUACACCAACACAAACAUAUCCAAGUACCUACUCACUGGCUUACCGUCGUCUAGUUUCUGUCUGUUUUAUUCUCGUGUGGGGGGGCAGCGUGGGUGCGUUUUGUAACCCCUUCGUUAAUAAAUAGUUAUGCAAUGCAA